AUGAUCUCCCCUCUCAUCCUCAUCACCGGCGCCACCGGCCAGGUCGGCAGUGCCACCCUUUUCCAGCUCCUGAGCCAGGGGUACCGGGUUCGUGCAGCCGUACGAUCCGAGUCCAAGAAGGACCUCCUCUUGGGCAACAAUCUUUGCCGCGCCAAGCACCAGAGCGGCAGGCUCCAAUUUGUCGUGGUGCCCGACAUCACUGCCGAGGGGGCCUACGACGAGGCCAUGAUUGGCGCCCGCGCAGUGAUCCACUGCGCAUCCCCCCAAGCCUACGGCAAGAAUGUCGUGGCCAAGGGGGAACUGGAGGAGUACUACGUCCGCCCGGCGGUACGUGGUACUCUCAACAUCCUGAAGGCGGCCGCCAACGCGGGCAGCGUGCGCCGCGUGGUCAUGACCAGCUCGUUGGCGGCGAUCGUCCCCCAGCUGCGGCUUUCUGGUCGGGUUCGCCCGAUCAACCGGGUCUAUGAGGCCCAUGAUCGGGUCUUGGCCAAUCCGGGUCCGUACGCCACCGACAUCGACGCGUACGUGGCGUCCAAGAUUUCCGCGCUCCGGGCGUCCGAGACGUGGAUGGAGGAGAACCGGCCGGCGUUCGACGCCGUUUAUUUGCACCCGGGAUUCGUCUUGGGCCGCAACAACGUCCCGGGCGUCAACGCCUCCCGGGCUAUGAAGGGAUCCAACUCCCUGAUCGUCCACCUGCUCAGUGGCACGAUCCUCGGCCCCCACGCGGGCACCACCGUCCUUGUGGACGAUGUUGCGCGGGUGCAUGUCGAGGCGCUCGGGAUCGACUACUAUGGCACCCCGAGUAAAUUCGUUCCGGCGGGGAGUUACAUCCUCAGCCAGCCGGCAGUUUGGUCGGAUGCCGUCUACAUGGCCAACCGGAUCUUCCCGGGUGCGUUCUCCGUGACGGAGCCUCAGGAGGGCGACGCCACCAUGCCGACCGUCGAGGUACGGCUAGAUACCGGGAAGACAACCAGGGUCUUUGGCGACAAGUUCGGGACCUUUGUCUACCAGGCGAUGGUGGUGGCUGCCCAGUAUCUGGAGCUGGCGCGGAGCAAGGAAUGGGAGAGGUUGAGGGAGACGGGAAGGGCUCGAGUGCGGGAGCGCCUGGCGGAGCAAAAACGUCAGGAGGAGGGCAUCUUGGAGGACCCGUUGACUGUGCCCGAGGACAGUACCCAGACUGAGUACUGA